GCUACUAGGCGUUAGAUUGUUUGGAUUUGGAUUGUUGUUAUCAAAGAAGGGGAAAAAAAAAGAGUCACGGCGAUGUUAAGAAAAGAAAACGUAUAGUGUGUGUGUCUACGCGUGUAAUUAAAAAUUGUUUGCAAUAUUUUUUUACAUAUUCUAUUAACUUGAAGAAAAACUUGGUUUCUAAAUCCCCUUAUGGCUUUCAAAGCAGUAAAACUUUUUCAUUAUCUAAAUUUGUAAUACUAUGUGUAAACUGCGUCGUCUAGUCACUUUUCUGUGAUAAGUUGAAGGUGAAGUUACUUUCUAAUUGUGUAGGAAUGGGCAAUACAGCUUCAAGUAAAAGAGAGCGAGCAUAUUCUUCUGAAACUGAAUGUCCUUCAUCUCCUAAUAAGGAUAAAGUUUUUGAAUUUGGAAAUACAAGAGCUAAGUUUCUGUACCAGCCAUCAUUAGAAGAAGCUGAUGAUAAUGAAGCUCCAAAAGAUGAAAGUAAGUCGAGGCCUAGGUCUUUGACUGUUAGUUCAGCACAGUCACACUCUGUCAUCCCUCAGUUUCCUACAGUUUUCAAGUGGGAAGGUGGGGGCAAAGAAGUUUAUAUAAGUGGCACCUUUUCUGAUUGGAAACCUAUUCCAAUGGUUGAAAGCCAUGGGGAUUUUGGUUUGAUUGUUGAUGUUCCUGAAGGACAGCAUGAGUAUAAGUUUCAAGUUGAUGGGCAAUGGAUACAUGCCGAAAACCAACCAACUGUGGACAAUAACAUGGGAUCAAAAAACAAUAUUGUAAGUGUGAAAAAGUCAGAUUUUGAAGUAUUUGAAGCUUUAGCUAUAGAUAGUGUGAGUUCAUGUAGUGGAGGAUCUGCAUUUUCAAGCUCAUCUCCUGAAUCUUAUUCUCAAGAAGUUCCACAGCGACGACUGUAUGAUAAAUCAACAGGCCCUCCCAUACUACCUCCUCAUUUACUUGAAGUUAUCUUGAAUAAAGAUGUUUCUUUAAGUAAUGAGCCUAUUUUGCUUCCUGAACCGAAUCAUGUUAUGCUGAACCAUCUGUAUGCUCUAUCGAUUAAAGAUGGUGUUAUGGUUCUCAGUGCAACCUUGCGAUAUAAGAAAAAGUAUGUUACUACAUUGUUGUACAAGCCUAUUUAAAAUGUUUUUUGCACCAAAAAUUUUAUAAAUUUUAAAAGAUUCAAAAUAAAUUUUAUGAUGUUGUAAA